AUGUCCAGGGAGUCGUCGAUCACUGUUGCUGUGAGGAUCCGGCCGUUUACCUCUGUGGAAUCGUCUAAACUACUAAGAUCCGAGCCCGACAACCCUGAAAACACGCUUCAUGGGUAUGGAGUGCCACAGAAUACGAGCAACAGGCUGCUACUACAUAAUGGAAUUCGCAAAAUUUUGAACGCUGUGGACGAUCGAAUGCUAAUAUUCGACCCAAGUGAUACAAAUCCUCUGGUCCAAAUGGAACAGAACGUGUUCUCGAACACAUUCAACAAUGGAGAUAAGAGGCAUACAAGCAGCAUUGGCAAGCACAGUUCAAGAAUUAGAGAACAUCGGUUUGUGUUUGACAAGCUAUUUGACGAGGAUACAACACAAAUGGAAGUGUACGAGUUUUCGACAAAACCUUUGCUUGACUCCGUCCUUGACGGGUUCAAUGCCACUAUUUUUGCAUAUGGAGCCACUGGAUGUGGUAAAACCUUCACGAUAUCAGGUACGCCGGAAAACCCAGGUAUCAUAUUUUUAGCCAUGCAAGAUUUGUUCAACAGAAUAAACGAGAUGGAAGACACGCAAAGAGCAGAGAUAACUCUCAGCUACCUUGAAAUUUACAAUGAAACAAUUAGGGACUUGCUUAAUCCCAGCACAGAUCCUAGGUCAUUGAUAUUGCGAGAGGACGAAAAUAAGCGCAUAACGGUAGCUAAUUUGUCUACACAUACGCCGAACUCUGUGGACGAAGUCAUGGAUUUAAUCAUCAUAGGGAACAAGAACCGCACAGUGUCCCCAACAGAAGCAAACUCUACUUCUUCGCGAUCGCAUGCUAUACUUCAGAUCAAUGUGCUACGGAAGCCCCGAACAGCGGAUCUCAACGAGGAGCACACCUACGCAACCCUAUCAUUUAUCGACCUGGCAGGAAGUGAGCGCGCAUCGGCCACUAGAAAUAAAGGGGCAAGGCUUCACGAGGGAGCGAAUAUCAACAAGUCACUUCUUGCUUUGGGAAACUGUAUUAAUGCUUUAUGCGAUCCUCGCAAACACAACCAUGUUCCCUACAGAGAUUCCAAGUUGACGAGGCUGCUCAAAUUUUCUUUGGGCGGGAAUUGCAAAACUUUCAUGAUUGUAUGCGUAUCUCCAUCAUCACGUCACUAUGACGAAACACUUAACACAUUGAAGUACGCCGAUCGCGCUAAAGAGAUCCGUACGAAGCUCACGCGAAAUCAGCAUAACCUCAGUCGUCAUGUGGGAUCCUAUCUCAAAAUGAUCACUGAACAGAAACGUGAAAUAGAGGAGCUGCGCAGCAGGGAGGACAAGAUGAUAAAAAUCGGUAUUGACAAGUACACCAGAAAUAGACAAAGAUGUCUGCAAAAAUUGCGAGAAGCAAUGAGCGAACUUCAACGAUCUUUACAACGAAAUCAGCAGUCAAGGCUUCAAAAAGCAUACAUACUUGCAGAGCGCAAGUUUUUACUUCUCCAAAGACACCAGAUCCAACGAUUACUUGUUUCCUUCGAAAAUCGAUUCGGACCCAAGGAAGACCUGACUGAUAUUGACAUGUUCGUCCCAGGAUUUAGUGAGCUAAUGUAUCUUUGUGAGGACCUGUCAGAAAGGUUGGAACAGAGAGUAAAGGAGCUGGAGACUCAAUAUAGCAAGCCGAAUGAGCUUGAUUUUAUCAUCAAGGACUCUUCCGCCUCUCUUCUUCGCGCUCUCACAGAACUAGAUACAUGGUCAGACGAAGACACGAAACUCUAUGAAGCACACGUGCUGCAUCUCAAAGAUUCUGUCGAAAAGGCUAUUCUUUUCGACUCUUCGAUUGUGUUUGAUCGAUCCAUCAAAAAUUUCAACUCUUUCAAUUUCGUCUUCGAGACACUGCAGAGAGCAACAGCGAUCCUAUUGGAUAUAUCAUCGGAUAAUGAAGACGCGUUGGUAAAUGUUUCAACUUCGCUGAGGGAAAUGGUGAUGGAAUCCAAAGUAGCUCUUUCCCGUCUUCUAGAAGACGGGGGCUACGUUAACUUAGACACUACAGCAGCCUCUACAAUUCUCGAGAAGCAAAGGAAACCGGAGUCUUUGGAACUGGUCACAACCCCUGUGAAGCAAGCAAAACGCUUAUCAUCUUCACCAUUGACCAAAGGCUUUGCAAAACUAAAUAGACUCGACAUCAACGCAAAGUCCCUACAAAACAGAUCGUUCUCUGAUACCACGGUCAAACAAGCCAAAAAAGUACGCUGGGAAGUUCCAAAUAUUGAAGAUUCGGAUGUGAGCAUGAGCGAAGGAACAGCUCCCAGAAAAUUUGCGUCGUCUCCUCUCAGGGAAUCCCAAAAGCUCAACGAGCCAGCCAAUCUUAAGAAACUCCAAGAUAUACCCUCCACAGAUAUUAAGUUGACAUCCAAACCACUCCUCCCUUCAGAUAACCACCGAUCAGGGGGUCUUUCGCCAGUGCAGUCCAGUAUGGGACCAGGUCUCGGAUCUGAUGGAAAGUUUCAAUUUGGCUUGACAACAAUUCCGCUCCUCAACUCUCCUGAAUUCAAGAAGAUGAGAGAAUCAUCACCUACGAUUGAGCGAGAUCUUGAUGAAAGCAUGAUGGCUUUGGAUUCUGGGAGCAGUUCAGAAAAUGGCGAAAACAGAGGAUGA